AUGAAGGAGGACCAAGAGACGCGCGAGGCCUGGGAGGCGGCUCUACGAGAACGAAAGAGAACACCGUCGCCAAAUACGAAUAGAGCUGGUUCGUCCACACCGGUGUCGAGUUCAGUGGACAGUUCGCGCCGGCCUCAAAUCAAUGUCGAUAAGCAUCUUUCCGAAUGGACUAUCCCCCGCCCUCCGCUUAAUGGGACGAACUGGUAUGCGGUUUAUCGGGAUAUUAAGAUGAAUUGGCUGGAGCUUAGGAGUUUACGGAAUCGGAAGAGGAUCUGGGAGUUUCAGAAGGAGCUCCUACGGCGCAUGCUGCGGGAUGAUUAA